AUGUCUAAUAAAGGAUCCAAUUACCAUCACUACACCAGCGGUGCUACAGGAAGCUCCCUGGGAAGUAUUCCCGAAGGUGAAGCUGUAAGCGAUCAGCAGACCUAUCAGUCCGGUGAUGGGACAAGCGUUGAAGACAUCACGGCUUUUCUGGAAGAAUUCAAGAUUAACCAUCCGUCGGCGAGUUCGAACGCCCCUUUCUCAGCUGAACAUCGACGAGGUGAAGCUAUACCUGACUAUUAUGGGUCUUCUGUACCUCACACUGACACCGGUCCUAGAAGUGUAUAUGAUAUGCCAGUAGGACAGAGGGAUUAUAGUGGAUGGACUAGUGGUGGUGGUGAUCAAGCUGGUACGGCAGAUCCGGGAGAUAAAGGGGAUCUGCAAACUCAUGCGGGUGAUCAUGGAUUGAGCGAAUAUGCCAAAUUAAGAUUACGACAACAGCAGAGCGAAGAGAUAUCUGAGGCUGCCGCUGCUGCCAAUUACCGAAACGGUAAGCGAAGAAAAGGAUGUUGA